AUGAAUUCACAAAACGCUGCAAUUCGUAUUUUCAGAGUAAUGUAUCUCAUCUACACUAUUUGGGUGCUUGCAUUUUUCCCUUCAUUGUAUAUAGGUCUACAGUUCAAACGGGUUGUACCGGAUUUUUGUGGUUACAACAGAGAGCUCAAUAGUCAACGAGGCAGUUGUGAUUACGUUACCAGUCAAAACAUACCAUUUCGGUAUCCUUUUGAGCUUACCAUGGUCGUCACAUUUGUCUUACCACUGAUCUUUAUUGUCUACUGCUAUGUUCGUAUACUGGCGAGUCUCAACGAGAUGGCUCGGGCCACACGUGUACACGUACCAAUCGAUUCCACUAAUAGUACAGACUCGUCUCAUCCCAGUAUCUUGUACGUUCACACCAAAAACUUUGCACCACCAAAAAGUCAACAAGCACAACGAAUGGUUAUGAAAAUGCUCUCUACUGUUACUGCUGUAUUCUUCGUAUGCUAUCUACCAUAUCAUGUUGAACGGUUAAUAGUACAAUACACGAAACAACAGUGUGAUAGUUCCAUGUUUUGUCUGCUUCUUUAUCCCAUUACAGGUCUCCUACAGUACAUCUCGGCAACGCUUAAUCCGAUAUUUUACAACCUUAUGUCGACACGAUUUCGAACGGCAUUCACUCAACUUCUUCAUCAAAUUCUACCAAAACGUGAGCGAAAUUACGGCACUAUAGCUCGAAUGUAA